UUGUAUUUUUCUUUUGCACUUUGGAUCUUGAAUACUGUUAGUUAUCACCACUUUUCAUCUUUAUCCUUAUCAUUAAAUAAACUAAGUCUUGAUUUUUUUUUAUAUAGAAGAACCAUGGAUCCUCAUUCCAGAGCCCAGGAUGUGAACCGAUGUGACCUUUGUGAGACCGCCAUAGUACACAGCUACUGUGACUUUUGUCAUAUCAACCUCUGCACGCCAUGUAUAGGCAAACACAUCUCAGAUGGAUAUGACAAACAUAAAAUAGUCCCUUUCAAGGAACGAAGAUCAACCCUCAUUUAUCCAAAAUGCAGAACACAUCCACUCAAGAAUUGCAAAUUUCAGUGCAAGGAUUGCAAUAACAGUUGUGUUUGUUCUUCCUGUAUGGCAUCUGAACAACACGGAGGACAUAAAUUUGUAGAAGUUGCAGAAGUUUUCAAGACAAAGAGGGAUGAUAUUAAAAAUGAUGCAAAAGAGUUAGAAAAUAAUAUUUUCCCAGUAUAUGAAGAAAUUGCAAGCGACUUGAAAUAUCAGCUUGCCAACCUGGAUGGAGGAUAUGAGAAACUUACAACAACAAUGUCCAAGCAAGGAGAGCAAUGGCACAAAGAAAUCGACAUCAUUAUCAACAGAAUGAAAACUGAAAUCAAUGAGAUUAAAAUGAAACACAGAGAUAUUUUACAGAAACAUUUAAAUGAAAUCAGACAGAUACAGUCUCUCAUUAAAGAAACAAUACAAGCCAUAAGGAAAAUCGAGAAAUCCACUGAAGUAUCUUCAACCAUUGAAUACAGCUCUAAGAUCGGAGAGUUCAGCAGGCUUCCACCCAAGGUUCAAGUAUCACUGCCAACAUUCAUUCCAAAUCCAAUAGACCGGGAGAAGCUGUAUAGUUUGUUUGGAAAGAUCACCCCAUUAUCUACUGAUACAGAAGCAAAUGCCUUAUCACUUAACCAACCAAACACUACAGUCAGAGAACUACUGGAUGAACCGCAGAUUGUCGCCACAAUACAGACGGGGGAUGAAAAACUACAAAGUGUCACUUGUCUAGAUGAAUGGAGGAUAUGGACGAGUGGAGAGACCAAUGAAAUCAAAUGCUUCAACAUUAAAGGUUCACUCAUCCAGGCAAUUAAAACAAAAUCAGAAGAAUGGCCUGAUGAUAUAGCUGUAGACAGUGAUGGGGACCUAAUUGUCUCUGAUGGAGAAAUUGGGACAGUGUAUAAGAUAAAGAAUGGAGAGAGAGAAGAGUUAAUCAGAUUAGAUAAAUGGGUGCCUAAUAAACUGUGUGUCACCUCUAAUGGUGAUCUCCUGGUUACCAUGUUUAGUGAUGAUGAAACUCGAUCCAAAGUUGACCGUUACUCGGGAUCUACAAAGAAACAAACAAUUCAAUUUGAUGAUGAAGGUAAACCUCUGUACUCAGGGAAUGGUAAAAUUAAAUACAUCACUGAGAUCAGAAACCAUGACAUCUGUGUAGCUGACUGUGGGGCCAGUGCAGUAGUGGUGGUUAAUCAGGACGGGAAGCUCAGAUGGAGAUACAUCGGUCAUCCCUCAGUUACCAAGAACGAACCAUUUAAACCAUUUGGUAUCACAACAGACAGUCAGGGUCGUGCACUGACAACGGAUUGUAACAACCAUUGUAUCCACAUCCUGGAUCAGAAUGGACAGUUUCUCCGUUACAUUGAUAACUGUGAUCUGAGGGACCCUUUUGGUUUAUGUGUGGACAAUAAUGACAAUCUGUUUGUAUGUGAAUUAAACAAAGGCAAUGUAAAGAAAAUCAAAUAUUUAAAGUAGACAAUAUCAGUUGUAAAAAUGUGAUGUAACUCAAACAAAAGCAGCCUUUUUCUGUGUAUAAAGAUUAUUGAAUUUGUAUAAAAUAGAUUUACACUUUGCAUUCUACAAGAGGGUUGUUAGAACAGUUCGCGGACAGGUUCGAUUGUGAGCGGACUAUUCCCGUGAUACCAGCGAAACUUUUCAGUUUUAAACUUGACGUGAUUUUUAAUAAAUAUGUAAAGAUUUGUUAAUUUAAAAUGCACCUUAAAAAAUAUACACCUUACUUAUCAUGAUUAGAUAUGCUUCACGGAGCAUAUCAGCUUUUGUUAUCUUUAU